UUUGAGAUCGGGAUCGGAAGCCCGUUGAUUGUGACGUCACAGGUGUGUUGCCGGGAAGCUGGAAAAUUGGUCACUGUGUUGCAAUGGAGUGGAGAGUUUAAAUUUUGUGGCUUGAUUUGAGAAGGAAAGUCCCUUCCAGGUUAAAGGUCAGGAUGCUGGAGGAGGAGGAUCGAUGGGAUAAACUUAAGAGCUGGGCCAAUGUACAGCACGACAUCCAGACCCGCCUACAGGCCCCCGACAAGUUUGAUCAGAGUGUCUCACUCCACCAUGGUCCACAGUUGUAUCACACCCUUCGGCAUCCUUCUCACAUUAAGUGUAUGACACACUUUACCAGUAAUGUUGGGGAGAACUUUGUGACCCAUUAUAGAAUCGGGACAAUGGACCACUUCUCUGUCUGGAACAUGGAGUCUAGGGACCGAGAUGCAGCAUGUAACCAAAGAAGGUUCAACAUUGAUGCUGAGGUCACGACCCUGAUGUUUGUUCCUAAGCACAGAGUUUACCUGGGAUUUGGGUCAGAUUUAGUAAUGAGGGUCUACACGGAUGCUAUGAGUGGCUGCAAGAACGUGGGGUCAAUUCCAUGUGAUACCACCAUCUUAUGCAUGUCCUACAACAAAGACACAGAUGAGGUUUAUGCAGGGGGGAUAGGUGUUCUAGAGAAGUGGAAGUUUUCUGGGUCUGAGCACUCAGCGGUUGCUCAGAGGGGAGAGAUGUUUGAGACGGAAUUAAGAUCAGAUGAGUGGGUGAUAGAUAUCAAGGUGGAUCCUAGGAAUAAACAGAUGUUGGCUUUAACCCAUGAUGGAAUAUAUGUUGUCAGUUUUGUGAGUAUGAAACAGACACAUUUACUGCAAAACAGACAUGAGGGCUCACUCAGAUGCUGUUCGUUCUACAAACAGAGGGAGUACUUUAUAACGGGUGGUGGCGAUGGACAGGUCAAGGUAUGGAAUGCAGUGGUGUUCACACAGGUCCACGUGUUCUAUGGUCAUCGUGGACCAAUCACAGGGCUCCAGGUCCACAGUACUGACCCACUGCUCUUCUCCAGCUCCAUGGAUGGCACAGUACAAAUAUGGAGGAUGGACAACUUUAGCAAAUUCAUGCGGGUUGACUUAGGAGAUGGUAUUCAUCAGAUGAAAUUAUUGGGGGAUGAAGAAUUUUUCUGUCAAACAGAGAAGGAAAUAAGAAUUUACAAUCUGAAUCAGUUUUACACCCUGUUUGCUCCUGUAGAGUCAACCGUUUUCAAACUUCAGUUGUAUCCUAGUGUUCAUGGCCGUGCCAGUCGAGUCCUGUGUUCUACAGAGGAUGGGUCAGUCAGAUUUUUCUCCCCUGUCACUGGAGCCACAAUCACGAUUGUCUAUCCAAUGCCAACUUUCCAGGUUUUGACUUCCUUUGCAUACAACAGAGAUAAGGAGAAGUUACUGACCAUCCUACAGAAUGGAGAUGUGUUGGUGUUUGAUUGUACCACUAACCCAAGUAAAGCGGAGGAGGUGUGGCAGGCAGCCUCGGUAGAUGAGGAGGUCACUCAGCUCGCUGUCAUGGCACUGAGCUACAAGAAUUUGGAAGAUGAGGUUGUCAGAGAAAUAGUUGUUUUUGGAGGAUUAAAGAAUGGACAAGUUUCCCUUCUGGAUGCUGACUGCUGUGUAAUGGUGAAGAACCUCCAGGCACACGAAGGCACCAUCACCUGUAUGGAAGCCACCACGGAUAUUGACGACAGAGGGAAACAGAUCCUAGAAACAAACACCACCCUCGUCACCGGUGGGGAGGAAAAGUCCCUGAAGGUGUGGUCAGUAAUUGUCAAACCAGGACACUCAGGGAACAAAAUUACACUGGAACCACUAAUAAAGAUACCCUGUGCUGGUAUACCAGACCUCCUCAGUGUUUAUGAGAAUACUCUAUGUGUCACCAUCAACAGUCCUGACACUAAACUAUAUUUAAGAAUGUACAGGAUGGACGGCCGUGAUCUGGAGAACGUGUCAUCUUUACAGUUCACAGAACUUCAUCACGCCCAGGACGAGGAACACACACAGAGGAUGACGGCACUAGACAAAUGUCCUCUGUUGGGACUGUUUGCUACUGCCAGUGAAGAUGGCUAUAUCAAGGUGUGGAAUCGACACAAUCAGCUGGUCAGGGAAAUGUAUUUCGGGGAGCCUCUCUAUGGUCUCUGUUUUGCCAAUGCUCGAGGGGAUCUCCUUGUAGGAUUUCAGAGCCAUGUCUGCUUAAUUCCACUGACCAACUUCUUCCCACAAAAUUAUCUGGAGCUUAUUUCACUGCAAGAAUUCAAGGACGAUUUGAGGGAACCACCAAUACCAUACAGUUCAAAGGUCAAAUCAUGGUUUGACCCAAGCAAGCUUCCGACCUUCAGCACGACCUUGUCUAUCCGGAAUCAGGAGAAGAAGGACCCGGAUAUUGACCAGGAUAUUCUGGAGGACAUCGAGGAUCACAGUGAUUCCGAGGACAGCCUCCUCGACUCCCCCACCUACAAAAACUACCGCCUCCCAAAGUCCAAACUCAACGUCCAGGAGGAAAACCUGCUUAAAGAACUGGAAAGGAAGAGGAAGUCUGUUGUCGAACCUGAUGUGAUGCAAUACACAGAUUUUACUGAUAUUUUCAAUGAUUUAUACAAAGCUGAGGAAAGUCCGCAACCUACAGAUGUCGAGGAAGGCUUUGAAUCAGACAUAGAAGAAACACCAAGAACAAAGAAGUCCAAAAAAGAGAAAAGAAGAAAGAGUAUGUCUUCCAUUCCAAACAUCCAUCUACUGAGUCCAUUUGAGCAGGCCCUCCUAAAGAGGAAGCCAAUAAUUGCACUGGAUGGGUAUAUACCAAACUCUGUGAUCAGAAAACAGCUGAGUUAUCGUCCCCCCACCCCACCACAGCCACAGAAACGAAAGGAUGUCUGGAGACCUAAACCAGUUCCAAAGCCAAUGCCAAAGAAAGAGGUGGAAGAAGAGGAAGUCAUGGAUUUAUAUGAGCUGGCCCGCAGGUACAGAUUUGAUGCAGGAGAGUCAGACAAUGAAAGUGAGGCUGAUGAACCAAUAGUAGAACGUCCCUGUAACCGUGGCAGGAACAAAAAAAGCAAGAAGGUGAAGAAGAAGGUGGUAGAUGACUGGAGUGAUGGAAGCGAUGAUGACGAUGAGGACGAAGAAGUCAUCGAUGACUUAAUGGAGGAUGACUCGGGCGUAGAAAUGGCCGAGUCACUGGUAGGGAGUCAGUUCUCUCUGCUUGCUUCUGGCAAACCGCUUCAGAAGCCAUUAGUGUGGGGAGAACCAGAGCCCAGCACAAAGAAGUCUAUCCUCUCUCCAUGGAAGAAGAUGACAUCUAUGGUCCGUACGACGUCCAAUCUGUCCUCCACCUCCUCCAAACGAGCAUACAAACCUCCCAGUCACCGGUCAACACCCAACACUCCUACCAAAUACGAACUUCCUAGCAUUGUCAAGCACCAGCAUCAACAUCAGCAUUUUGUGAAGUCCAAGGCGUUUGACUUUGGGAAUGUUUUUGAUAUCAAAGGACCCCACCCUAAAUCAGGGGGCCCAGGGAGUCGUGAGAGGACCAAGUCCUUCAGACUGUCAAACAUGGUGGUCGACGAAGACUCCACUGAUGUCAGAUUUAAGGAGAAGGAAAACAGGAAGAAGGUGAUACAGGUCAAUGAUAUGGAGGUGAUGCACAAACUGAUGAAGGAGGACUUUUUCCGUGAUCUGAAGGGGACUCCGUCGUACGAGUCGAUUCUCCAGCAGCUACUGACCAUGCUGGACACAGACGACGCGGACCUCCACGGAAAAGUCUGUAACUACAUCCUGGAAAUCCAUGAAGAUGUUGGUAUAUCAGAUGUGUACCUAGACAGGAUUAUCAAUAAACUAUCCAAUCAGCUGACUUCAGGGAAUAUCCAAACAUCCAUACGGAAAAAUGGCCUGUCUGCUUUAUCAGUCAUCGGAAAGAGUCGACAGGAUGUCGUAGCUACCAUUCUACCCCGACUCAUCGACAGUUCGACUGACAUCCGAGAGGAAGCCGCGGAGGCCUUAGCAGCUCUCACAGGAGUGACGAACAAGACAGAGUUGUGGAACUUGAUGGAGGAGAUGGGCCUCCAGAAGACGUACAGCAGUAAGGAGGAUGAGGAGGAGGCGCUGAAGGCCCUCGCGAUGAGGCUGGACGUCCCCUACCGCCCGGACAGCUUCACUGACUGGAUCGGGGACUGGAUGGAUGAUAUGCAGAGUCCCGCCAUGUACGACGUGGAAGAUGAUCUACAGCUGAAUGAUAUAGAGAAGGCCUGGGGUGGCAGAGAGAAGAGAUGGAAACCUGAGUCCUUAUACUUAUCAGAAUCUGUCAGCAGAGCUUCCAACCGACUCAAAGAGUUGUCCUUUAUAUCUGAUAAAUCUCUAUUAGAGGAGGACAGGCUAAGUUUUCUAAGCUUCCAAAGUGAGGCUGAGGAGGACUCCCUCAGUGAUAUAUCAGAAAUGGAGGAGAACACAAAUCCCUCCCUGGAACAACCCCCGGGGCACCUGCCAGGUGGUAUUGGUGGGAUCGAGCUGUGUGUAGGGAACCAGGUCUUAAGGAUUCCAGAAAAACUCAGUCAGCUGCUCCAAGAUACAGAUCCUAAAGGCUUGUUCUCCCACAUACAAAAUCCAGGUACCGAGGAGUACACCAAUCAGAUGGCUGUGAUAGAGCAGAUACUGAGGGAGAAUCCGGACUUCAGUCUCAGUGACCUGGAGUUUGACAGUGAUCUCUCUGGUUUGACUGGGGCUGAGACUCAGGAGGAGCAAAUGAGGACUGAGGAUAGUCAAAUGAGAACACAGGAGGGUCAAGUUAGGAGCCAGGUGGGGUAUUCCUCACUACAGAAUAAACUGAAUGAUAACAAGGAGUGGCAGAAUGUAGAGAAUGCCGGGGGCACCCAAGAACAGGGAGUCCAAGUGGGAAACAAUUUAGAAUUGACUUAUGAGGAGGAAGACAGGAAUCUGCAGAAGGAGGAGCGGUCAGUUGACGGUCAGGAUGGGAAGGAUCUUGGUGGUUGGACCCCAGGGACCACAACCAGAACUAGAAUGGAUUUCAGGAAUGAACUGGAAAACUUGAAAGAAUCUGUGGACGGCCAAGGCCCCCAGUCACCAAGAAGAAUCAGCCGCGGAAGGUCUGACAAAGAAGACACAAUCUCCACUCAGAAUGAUGGCUCUGGUCACAGUUACAAUUCAGAAAUGGAGGACUGGUUUGACCCCCGUGACCCUCACCUGCAUAGGUACUACAGGAACCAGUACAAGAGACCGGGCAGUGGUAGGCCCAUUGUUGGGAAGCGAGGAGGAGCUCUUGAUCGGUUUGGAAGACUUGGAGAUGUUUCUGAUGUUGAUGGUCACCUGAGGUCUCAGGGAGAGUUAGAUUCCAGUAUCACUCAGCCUGAGGACAUUACUACAGAUUCUAUGAGUGGUCAGGACUCUGGUAUUGGGGGAGAACUCUCUGUGUCUACCACCUCAAGGUCAAGUAAAGGUCAACUGGUCAGUUCCCAUCCCUCCUUUUUAUCUACUGAGAGAAGUCAAGGACAUUCAAGCAAAGGGGUUGGUAGGAAGCGUUCCAAGCUGUCUGAUUGGAGCAGAACACAGCUGUCUCCAGUGAAAUCCAGCAGUUCUCUACACAAGUCGGCCAUGUCUACACCUAGAUUCAGCAGAGAUUGGCAGAAAUUUUUCAACACUCCUACUGCCCAGGAAAGGAAGCGCAUGGAUAUGGUUAAGAAAGAUUUCACAGAGGGGAAAGUGAAGCAUCCUGUAUCAGCCACCAUCAACUACAUCUCUGAUGACCUGCCCAUGUUACCCGGAGAGGCGGGGCUCAGGUUACUACACAAAGUAAAGGUUGGAGAGAAAGUGGAUGAAAAACAUGAGCAAAGGCAUCAAGUGGAAGCCAUACCAGGAAAACUGAGUUCACAAACAAAGAAUGAAAACCAUGGCCAGGCACAGUAUGGCAUCCUGAGUAUGCAGUGGAUCACAGACAUUCCUGUUACAAACGCUCCCUAUGUAUCCACCCCUCGAUUUCAACCUAGAUCUGAGGCAGGUUCAUCAAUGUCUCAGGUCACAGAGAGGUCACAGGAUGCUUACACGGUGAAAUCCAUGGGCAGAGAAACCUCACGUCUUCCAAGACUUGCUCAAAAAUAUUCCAAACUUAAUGUAUCCAGCAGAGAAAAAUCAAGAAGGGAUACGGAUGAUGAGUCCUUUUAUUUACCCUCAAUCCCUGGUGCCUACACACCUGAUUUUGUGUGGGAACACCCCCUACCACCCCCACCUCCCCGUGAAUCCAGGACAAAUGUAGCAUCCAUCAAUAAACAGCAAGAAGAAUACUACAAAUACUAUUCUUUAAUAAAGCGCAACAUGCAGAAAUAUACCUCUAAUGUGCCAUCACUACCCAAGGUCGACAUAAAGCAAGCUAUACCCACCUCUAAACUACAGAAAAGUUUAACCAAGAUGUCCAAGUUAUCCCGAGGUCCCAGUCUGUUCUUCCCUAGAAUCACACUUAAUCAGCUGAUCUCCUCCACAUGAUGAUUAUAGGGCAGAGUGUGAGAUUCCGUCAGACAGUUUCUUUUAUGUACUUGAUUUACUUCAAACGUUUACUUCCAACUUUCAGGAGACCAUUUUAUUUCUGUAGAUCUCAGUUACAUUCAUUUGUUAUAGUUUUUUCUUGUUCAUUGUUAAUGUAGCAGAUUUGCAUUGCUUCUGUAAAUCCAUUUUUUGUUGAACAUCAAGAAUGUGACAGAGGACUGUUGUAAAGGCUGCUUCAUUCAAAUUCUUGCAUGUGUAAAAGAAAAGGCAGAGGGAGAACAAUAGACCUAUUUAGGACACUUCCUUUGAAAUCUGUUUUUUAAGUUAUAUUUAAUUAUUGUUAUUAAAUUCUGUUUGUUGAU